AACUUCCAUCAGGGAAAACGAGUUCCUGGUAAUAUAUUUUGCACUACUACAUAGAACACUCUGCAUUAUUCUUUCAGUUAUCAACCCGUACCAAACGAAAGCGAAAUUCGAGAAAAUGGAGCUGGACCCUCUCCUGGAACACCAAAACCGGCCGGAAGUGCCGAUUGACCAAGUGUGGGGCUCGUCAACCACCGAAGUCUAUCUGAACCAGCUGAGGGAAAAGUCCUGCGCUUACAACGACAAACAGGACACGGAAAGCCGAAGGACGUGUGAAAACUUUGUCGAGUGCCAAAAGCGCUUCAGUGAGCUGUACUUCCAGUGCGUAGAGGCCCACAAGGAUAAGGCGGGAACCGAGUCGAACCGCACAUCGGCCAUGAAUAUGGCGGUCAUUACCAUGCUGGUGGGCAUAUUCAUCGGGACCUUGUUUGGCUCUUUCUUGACCUAUACUGUAGUGUGGGCAGUGCAGACAUGUCGCAAGGGACUAGGGAAAUCCAACGAGGAAAGCGGACACGCUUCGACUCGGGAAAUGCGAAGAGAAUUUCGUGAACAGAAUCGAUUGAGACACACACGCCUCAAUGAAUCACCCACACUUCGGCGUGCCAAUCGACAAACCAUCGGCUGCCUACCGUCUCAAGAUCAAUCCGAAAUCUACGGCAACCAUGAAAACACACGACAAUUUUUGGUGAACCUAUUUUCCAAACGCCAGCCGCUGUACCUUAGGAACAACUCCCAGAUUGGCAAUCUGCACAAUCGCCACAUACCACCGACUCCCAUCCGCGAUCGAGUCAAUCUUCCCGUUCCGACGAGUCCGGCCGCGUUGUCUACCAACAGUUUUACCUGGCAAGCAUCUACGCCGGUUCCCCAACCGCGGCGUAUGAAUCAAGAAGAAGAACCCAUGCUGAAUGGAGGUCAUGACAAUGGUAGCCGACAGUCUUCCACACAGUCAGUGUGGAACAGCGGCUACGAGGUACAUGAUCCAAUCGGAAGAUUGUACAUGCCACCAAUAGUCUUGGAUGCAAGUACGGGUGCACGAGAGACUCCACCUCCGCCAUAUCUGGACUGUACCUCGCAACCCAACGACGAGGAAGGACGGAAGUGAUAUUCAUAAAAAAGAUCGUCUACAAAUAAACUCUUCAAGCAUCAUUCAAGUAAUAUUUAUUCAAAUAAUUUUCAUGCAAUAUAAAAGCUACAAAUUA